UACAGAAACAUAAUAUUUGUAGAGGUCUUAAUUAUUUAACUGAUAAUAUGAAAAAAAAUCAAAUUGUAACUUUAGGCUUUGCAGUAUUGUUUACGGUAGUAAAAGCGAGACAUAAACCAUGUGGUGCGGGACGUCUGGGUUUAACAUUCUGUGGAAAGAGUUGGGAAAGUUAUUAUGGCGGUAGUAACGAGUACGAUGAUAACGACAAAAAUACUAGAGACGGUAACCACUUCAGAAGUACUAUCCAUGGAGGUAGCAAUGGAGGUGGCACUUAUGGAGAAGACAAGGACAGAGGAAGCAACUAUGGUGGAAUUGACGAUGGUGGCAACGUAGGUGGUAGUUAUGGAGGAGAAAGCAAUAGACGUAGUACUUAUCGGAGAGGUAGUAAUGUUGAUAAUAGUUAUGGUGAUGAUAUCAAUAGAGGUGGAACUUAUAGAGGAGAAAGCAAUGGACGUAGUAUUUAUCAGGGAGGUAGUAAUGUUGAUAAUAGUUAUGGUGAUGAUAUUAGCAGAAGUGGUACCUUUGGGGCAGAAAGUAAUGCACGUAGUUUUUAUCGCAGACUAUAUAAUGGAGGUAAUAAUUAUAGUGACGAUAUCAAUGGGGGUGGUACUUAUGGAGGAGAAUUCUAUGGAGGUAGCAGCUAUGGUGAAAGUAUUAACGGUGGUGAGCGCUAUAGUGGUAGCGGAUAUAGACUCUAUGAUAGUGGCAGAACUAAGGGUGACGGUUAUGUGAUAAGUAGUGAUGGAACUAGCAGUUAUGGAGAAGGUAUUGAUGGAGGCAACUAUGAUAGUAGUAAAAACGGUGAUUAUAGCUUUGGAGGAAAUAUUAACAAAAAUAAGGGUUAUGAACAAGCUACCAAUGGAAUCAGCUACGAUGUUGGUAAGAACAGCGAUGGAAGCAAUAGUUUAACAAACAAUGUUGAUCAUUUUUCUGAAGCAGGUAGAAGCUAUGGUGGAUUAAACAAUGAAGAGAGUAUUUAUAGAGAAAGCGUCAACGAAGGUGCUACUUUUGGGGAAGUUAGCGAAGAAGACGGCAGUUAUAGAAGAGAUAGUAAUGACUUUGGUGGAGGUAUGAAUAGUGAAGGAAGCCAUGGCGUUAAUAUAAAUAGCAGUUAUGGGGAGAAUGUGAACCAUGAUGACAAAUAUGGAAGAGAUAAAAACAGUAAUUAUAAUCAAGGAGCAAGAGGUAACAGUAACGGAAAAGACAGCAUUGGAGUUAUAAGCAACAGUGGUGGUAGCAAUAGUAUAAGUAACAAUGAUGGUAAUAGUUUUGAAGGAUCUAGUGGAAAUAAUAACGGAGUUGACCGUUACGGCGCAGAUAUCAAUGGAGCAAAUCGCAAACAAGAUGGCAAUUAUGAAAAAACUAGCAACUAUGGUGGAAUAACCAACAUAAGCGAUAAAAAACACAUCAAUAAAAAUAGCAUUUAUGAUAGACGUAGCAAUGGGGAUGGCAGUAAUAGAGAAAGUAGCAUUGGUGGUGACAAUUUUGAAGAAAGAAUAAAUGGGGAUGGCCAACUUAGUUCCCUAGGCAAUACCCAGGCCAAUAGUCAUGCUGAUGACCAGGAUCAGAAUCAAAACGGCGGUAGUAGUUAUACUGACGGUGGUCGAAGAGUUACGUAUGGCGAUGAAGGAGAGACAUUUAAAAGUAAUGGUAUAAACCUUAAUAAAGUUAAUAAGCAUAUUUAUGAUUACUAAUAAUAUAGUACCUAUA